AUGGACCACCAACACGUGUUUCACCGCUUCCCAAAGCUCCCCUCCGAACUCCGUCACGAGAUAUGGCGAUUCGCUUUGAAUAGCUGGGCCGUCACUGAGGUCCGGCGUGAAGACGACGUUGUCCAACUACGGGCCUUCGAGUGGACACCCUCCAUUAUCGGCAGGGUCUGUCACGAAGCUAGAUGGCUCAUGAACCGAGCCUUAUGCAGGCUGCGGUUGUCACUUGCCGCCGACCCCUCUUAUCUGGUCAACUUUGGGACCAACAUUUUCCACUUUGGUCCCGCAUCGGAUGCCCACACGACUACUAUCGCACUCCCUGGCGAAACAGUCUUCUCGCGCCUCAAAUACGCAGCCAUCACCUGGACCUGUUGGAAUGAUGUUGCCAGAUCCUUUCGAAAGUUCGCCGAGCACUACCUCGCACUCCGCGCUGUCUUCAUCCUGGCGGCUAAUAAUCGCCCCUUCUACCUCCAGCCGCGAGCAUAUGCGGAUUGGCUCGCUCCUGACCUCCAAGGCUGGUUUUAG